AUGUUUUCGCUGCACAUUUUGGCAUUCUUGUCAUCCGUUCUCUUAAUCUACUUCUUGGUUUGCUGGUUCAUCCGGUUUGAUCUGGAAAGUGGCAGUUGUUAUGGCUAUUCGACAUCUGAAGCCAACUACACCUGUGAGGAUAGCCUUCACAUUUGUGGCGAUUCUCGCUUCACUUUGAAGUUCCCUUUCCGAUCUGAAGACGAUCCAAGUGUUUGCAAGUAUCACGAGUUCAUUUUGUCUUGUCAGGACAACCGCACGGUGUUGUACACAAACAAGCUUUCGGAAAAGUACUACAACGCAGUGGUAAAUAGUUUGGAUACUGGAAAUCAAAAGAUUCGUGUGGUAGAUCCUGAGUUAGAAAAAUACAGUUGUUCAAUUCGUUCACUUGGCACAUUUCCUCAUGACUGGCAACCUUACCAAUUUGAACCACCAAAUGAAAUCAGUCAGCUUCCCAUUCUAUCCUUGACGAUAAGUGAUGAUGCUGAUGAAUUGGUCUUUGUGAGUUGUAAAUAUGCAGUGAAACCCGAAUCAAACUCAAAGUUCCAUAAGUUAGUUGACACUGCAUCUUGUAAUGUCACAGAAGUGUAUAUGGCCGAUGAAUCAUGCACCAUCAUUAAAAUCGUCCCAGCGCAGAUUGAUGAAAAGUCUACCCUCAAAAGAACAGGUGCUGAUGUUUCACUUGAAGACAUACACAAUCUGUUGUCUGAUGCAUUUCAACAAGAUUGGAUGUCGUUCACCCGGGCGGAGAUAUAA